AUGGCUUGGGAUCUAUUUGGCUGGUUUAGAGAUGUUUUGGCAUCAUUAGGUUUAUGGAACAAACACGGUAAGCUAUUGUUUUUAGGUUUAGAUAAUGCCGGUAAGACUACUUUGUUGCAUAUGUUGAAGAACGAUAGGUUAGCCACCCUUCAACCAACAUGGCAUCCAACUUCCGAGGAGUUAGCUAUUGGCAAUAUUAAGUUCACUACCUUCGACUUAGGUGGUCAUAUCCAAGCUAGAAGAUUAUGGAAGGACUAUUUCCCAGAAGUCAAUGGUAUUGUCUUCUUAGUCGACGCUGCAGACCCAGAGAGAUUCAACGAAGCUCGUGUCGAAUUAGAUCAACUGUUUAAUAUUGCCGAAUUGAAGGAUGUUCCAUUCGUUAUCUUGGGUAACAAGAUCGAUUCCGCCAAUGCUGUGUCUGAGGCUGAAUUGAGAUCUGCCUUGGGUUUGAUGUCCACCACCGGCCCAGGUAAGGUGGAAGGUCAAAGACCAGUCGAAGUGUUCAUGUGUUCCGUCGUCAUGAGAGAUGGUUACGCUGAAGCUUUCCAAUGGUUAUCUCAAUACAUUUAG